CCGCCCGCUCCUGGCCCGCCCGCCGCCCGCCGGCCCCGCCGCGCCCGCCAGCCCCGCCGCGGAGCCCCGGCCUAGCCCCGGGCCGCCGCCACCACGCCGCGCGCCGUACUCCGCGUUAAGAAUGGGGCGGCCAAGCUGCCCAAGCCGCCCGCCGCCGCCGCCGCCGCCGCGGCCGAGGCUCCGGGCGCCGGCGCCGGCAUGGAGCGCUCGCAGAGCCGCCUCAGCCUGUCCGCCUCCUUCGAGGCGCUCGCCAUCUACUUCCCGUGCAUGAACUCCUUCGACGACGAGGACGCGGAAGGGGACAGCCGGAGGCUGAAGGGGGCCAUCCAGAGGAGCACGGAGACCGGCCUGGCAGUGGAGAUGCCCAGCCGGACACUGCGCCAGGCCAGCCACGAGUCCAUCGAGGACAGCAUGAAUAGCUACGGCUCCGAGGGCAACCUUAACUAUGGGGGAGUUUGCCUGGCGUCAGACGCGCAGUUCAGUGACUUCCUCGGCAGCAUGGGGCCAGCGCAGUUCGUGGGCCGCCAGACCCUGGCCACCACGCCGAUGGGGGACGUGGAGAUCGGCUUGCAGGAGCGGAAUGGCCAGCUGGAAGUGGACAUCAUCCAGGCUCGGGGACUGACGGCCAAGCCAGGCUCCAAGACACUGCCAGCGGCCUACAUCAAGGCCUACUUGCUGGAGAACGGCGUCUGCAUUGCCAAGAAGAAGACCAAAGUUGCUCGCAAGUCGCUGGACCCGCUGUAUAACCAGGUGCUGCUGUUUCCUGAGAGUCCCCAGGGCAAAGUCCUGCAGGUGAUCGUGUGGGGGAACUAUGGGCGCAUGGAGCGGAAGCAGUUCAUGGGUGUGGCCCGAGUGCUACUGGAGGAGCUGGACUUGACCACCCUGGCCGUGGGCUGGUACAAGCUCUUCCCCACCUCCUCCAUGGUGGACCCAGCCGCGGGCCCCCUGCUCCGGCAGGCGUCCCAGUUGUCCCUCGAGAGCACCGUGGGCCCCUGUGGCGAGCGAUCUUAGGGCCGGGGUGGGGAGGGGCUCCCCGAGAAGGCCUGGAGAAUGCCCAGCCCCAACCUGGGACCCCAGGCCCAGGGGCACAUUGAACAGAGGAGGAUGGGGUUCUCCCCCACAGUGGGGAAGCAGAACGGGGAGACCUGACCCCCAGGGCCCCUCCUCACCCCCUUUUUGCCUCCUACCCCCUAAGACCUUCCCUCUCCCAACGGGAUUGGCUGCACUUUUGACUUGGCCGGUUCUUGACCUGGUGGAUGUGGCUGCAAUCCGGAGAAAGGAAAGACUGAGGUGGCAGAGCAUACCAUCCUCCUGUCCCAGACACUGUCCGACUGCUCCCCCUUUUUGCCUCCUCGGAAGCUCGCUGCCCGGAGCCAAGUCCAGAACCCAGCGGCCAUCUCCAUGGUGCCAAUUACCAGCAAGUGUCUUUCCUGCGGCACCGGGUUCAGGCAGCUACUCCUGCCCCAGAGCUGAUGGGGCAGCUUUGCAAGGAUCCGGAGCCAGCUCCGGGGGGUCCAGAGCCUCCCACAUGACGAGGAGCUCGGCCUCCCUCCGCCUGCCCGUGGAAGGAGCUUUGCCGCAGCCUGUCCGAGUCCAUCUGUCUGUCCCUUCCUGCCUGCCCCUCUUCCGGUGGCUCUAGGAAUUGGGGUCCAGCAGGGGCCAAAGGAGAGGAGGCGGUGCCCUGGACCUGGCACAGACCCCCAGGGUGCCUAGCUCCGUGGGAUUGCAACGAGAUAGUGUGGAAAUGGACUGGAAAGAACUGGGUCGUCUGUGUUUUGGUGAAGGAGCCACGGGACCCUGAUUUUCGAGAACCCCAAGUCCAGGGAGCUCACCGUCUCUGAAUUUGGGGACGCUGGAUUGGAGAGGGAGUCUAAGUAAAGUUGGGGUUGGGACCAGUGGUGCCAAGGCAAGGGUUUCCCAUGUAGGAGAAUCCCUCCUCGUUGGGUGAGGUCAAAGGUCUUCUUGUCUACCCCUCUGCCUCCAGGCUAGGGGUCUGGGGAGGCAACAGAGCUUCCCUAUUUUAGUCUUUUUAAACAAACCAUCCUGUACUAAGGGCAGAACCCACUGCCCCUGCCUCAACUACCUUGGCUCAUGAGUGUAAGAAUCAGGAGAUUCCUUCUCAAGCAAGCCUGGGUAGCUGCCUUCCUGGCCCGGCCCUCCCCGAGGCCCACGGAAGCCCUUUUGCAUGCUGGGAGGACACAGGCUGGCCCCUCUUUAUAGAAGCACAUUUCUGCCACCUCCCCUGGGAGGCACCCAGCAGCCCACCACCCCUCAUUACCCAGUCCCUGCUGUGUAGGGCGUAGUCCAGGUUAGCUGGGUAGAGUUAGCAUUCCAAGCCCUGGGGCCUCUUCUUAGCUUGCAUAUAGUCUUUACAGAGUUCCAGGAUGGGUAGAGAGGAGGCACACCAGAACAUUCCAGGAGGCGGCUGUCUCCUCACUGGUCUGGGUCUGAGCCUGGAGCCUGAUUCAUGGGAGGCCAGCCCUUCUUCUUCCUCUUCUCGCCCCUCCUCCUCCCUCCCCACCCCUCUGACCCGGUUGUAGCUGGAGCUGCCCCUUAUACUCAGAUGUUCUGACGUCUUAUCCUUGGUACUGGUUUUAUUUGUGAAGCACUCCUGAGGGUUGUGGGCCUUGGUGGAGAGGCCUGGGCUCCAUUGGAGGAGGUCAUUUUCCACCGAGGAUGCCCAGCUGUGUUCAGCCCUGCCUUGUCCUUGGCCUCACUCUAGGCUAUUGAUCUGGCAAUUUCUUCCACCUGGAAUCCCUCUCCUCCUCUAUCCUUCCUUCCCCUCCCCUCUGCCUCCUUAAGCCCUGGGGAGCCUUUAAAGUCCCGGAUGAGUUAUAUCGCCUCCAUAGAGCUUCCCAUGCUGCACUGGGAAGGGGAGACAGAGAUGCCCCUUUCUUUUAUCGAUGAGCUCUUCCGAGCUUCCUGGGAUUGUGCUGGGUGGAAUCCCAAGGCUGGGGCAGGAGGCAGCAGGGCUCUGGGUGGCCUCUAAUCUGAGGCCCAGAAUCAGCCCCUCCCCUGUUUGUUUUUUUAACCAGUGUGAUUUCUCUGCUGUUCGUUUAUUACUCACCAUUUGGAAUAUUUUGAGCCAGGAGAGCGCCUUCUCUCUCCAGCCGUCACUGCUCUGGUUGUUCAGGGGUAGCUUUUCAAAGACGGGGCAGAGCCAGGCUGUCCCAAACAGAGGGAGAGAGGGCUCGGAGCCCCCCAGCCCGAGCCUACCCUCUGGUGUCUGCACAGCCUUUAUAAAGGGAGAGAGCACGCUCCAAAGCAAUAACAACAUCCUGGGGGUGGUCACCGAGGGCCCCCCUCAGUGACUUUCUUGUUUGUUCUGUGAAAUCUCAGUUCACCUCCUGGUGGGGUGGGGUGGGGGCUGGAGCCCUGUUUCUUCGUAUCAUUGUUGUGAGCACGUGCCCCGCUUCCAAAGGGGCUCUGACCAUUUGGUGCGGAACCACUGUCUGUCCUCACCAAGAGAUGGGGGUUUGGGGAGGGGGUGACUAUUCUCAGUAUUAGCUUUGGGGAACCUUCAAGGCCAGCCUGUCCCUACUGCUGUCUGACCCUUGCCAGCUCAAGCUCCAUCUGGAGAGGAGCAGAGAGGUGGAAUUGUGGGAUUUGGGAGUGGGAGGCUAGGGUUUAUAGAGGGGCUGAUUCUUUUUUCAAUCUCUGGGCCAAAAGUCACAGGCAGGGGUACUGUGGGAGGGAGUCUUCUCCACUUCCCUUCUCCAGAGUCCACUUUCCAUACAGCUGGGAACAGACCUUUGGGACCAUUCAUGAAGUCCAUUUUACUGAUGAAGACAGGCCUGGCGAGGGGAACGCUCGCCUCUGGGGUCACCUGUGAGUUCGGUGGCGCCUCCAUCCUGGCCUCCUCCCACCCGAGGCUGAGCUGGAACCAGAGCAGGGCCAGGUGGGGCCACCGUUGCCCACGACACUUCUUCCUCCCUUCUCUCCGUAGAGCCUCCCAGAAAAGAUGGGAAGAGCAAAUUGUAGCCCAUCUGAGAGGGGAGGAAACUAAGGCCCAGAGUCAGGAAGUGACUUGCCCAAGACCCCUCAGCAGAUGCGCGAUGGGGCUCUGUUGUGCUUCCCUCCAUGGGACCGGAAGCCACUGCCCAGGCAUGUCUGCCAUGAUAAGCAUUUGUGGCCUUUCAGCCCUGGGCCACGGGGCCCUGCUUGGUUCCAUCUCUGUGGACCCCGGUUUGGCGGAGAGAGUUACCAUAGAGCCCUAGCUGCCCUGGGGUCCGGCCCAGCGGACUGAGGGUGCCCAGGAUUUGGUCCAGACCUCGGUGUCUGGGUAGGGGUUCCUGCUGAGGGUGGGUCAGAACCCCCAUAGGACCAACCUGAGGGAGGUAAGUGCCGGUUCCCGCCCGGGGGCUGUGUGGGAGUGAGACGGCUGUGACACACGUCAUCUUAAGGAAAGCCUCACAAAACUUUCCGAUGUAACAAGAUCUGACCUUCCUGUAGUGCUUUUCAAACUUUUGCUUUCCAAGUGCUUUUACGUCGAGUAUACCCUCACAAGAGCCCCUGGGGGGUAGAGGGGGCCUGUAUUGUCAGCCCACUUUACGGAGGAGGAAGCUGAGGCCCUGGGAGGGAAAGUACCGGCUAAGGUCCCACUGUGGGUUCCCGGCGGGGUCCCGACUGGAACUCAGUUCUCCCACAGCUCAGAGCUCUAAGAGGAGAUGAAGCAGAUAGCUUAGGGGGUGGUUACGUACUUUACGAGCUGAUUCACCAUCCGGUUCUUAAACCAGGAGCUCCUGGGCGCACUUCGGUGUUCAGAAGCGGCGCCGAGCCCCCCUCCCUUUGGAGCACAGCUGUUGCGUCAGGCAAGGCCACCUGCAUUUAUUUAUUGAGCAGCAGCACUGUGCCCGGCCCAGGGGACCGAGCCCUCCCCCGUUCCCCCGCAGUGAUUCCCCUGGCUCUGUGGGAGGGCCCCUUGUCUGUAUAGCAGCGCCUCAGAGUGGACAGAAGGCUGCCAUGUCCAUGAGCGCAUCGGACUCAAACCCUGUGGGGAAGGCUGACUGUGCCCAUGUACUCCUAGCUUCUGUGAGGGCAAAGUGGAGACUUGAACCCGGGGCCUCAGCCAUCACAUCUGGAGCCCUUUCAUUCUAUGCCUGCCUCCGAAGGGGGUGGCUGGGAGGCCGGACCCCGGGUCCUCAGGCUGGGGGCCUCUCCAUCCACCCACUUUUCUCACUCCCCCUCUGGGAGCAGGAGCCACUCGGGACUUUGGGGAGGGAGGGUUUCCGGGGCGCCUGGGUUGGAGUGGGUCACGUUGCAUUGUGUUCAUGACCAUGUAGCUCAUGUUGAAAAUUAAAGUUUUUGGCUUUUCUAA